UGUAGGACAUGGAUGUUGCAAGCUUUGGCGUAUCCUCCCUAAAGGCGCAAGAGACUGAGGAGCGGUAGACCCUCCCGCCCUAAGCCCGCUUUCUCAGGGGGCUUCUUGAGGGUCUCUCAUCACCCGCCCGGAGGGAGGCUGGCGGGGGCGGCGGCGACGGCGGCGGCACCGCCCUCUGGGCGCGAGGCAGCGCGGGUGUGAGGAGCCGCAUUUCAGGAGGGACGGGCGAAUGCAAAUCACUCCCCGACGCGGCGUGAGAAGAAGAAAGGCAGAGCGCUCGCAAGCCCCGCUCACCAGCCAGUGGAAGGAAGGGGGGCGGGAGGAGACGCACAACAAAGCCGGCCGAGCCUUCUUUUGCGUUGCCAAGCGGAGCCUGCUGGGGUGGUCCGGGUCGGCGGCGGGCGGAAGCGGAGCCGGGCUGCUGCUUUUUUUUCUGUCCUCCGAAAGCCGGCUGAGGCGGCGGCAGCAGUAGUGGUGGUGUCCUCGCUCUCUCCUGAGCCGCAGACAAGCCGAACUGCCCGUGGUUGCGAGCAAGGGCCCGCGUGAGGUGUUCCAAGGCGCAGAUUAACUUUCAAUAUGUCCUUUGGGAGAGAUAUGGAGCUCGAACACUUUGAUGAGCGUGAUAAAGCACAGCGGUACAGCAGAGGGUCACGAGUGAAUGGGCUGCCCAGUCCAACGCACAGUGCCCACUGCAGCUUCUACCGAACCCGCACUUUGCAGACACUCAGCUCAGAGAAGAAAGCCAAGAAAGUCCGAUUCUAUCGCAACGGUGACCGGUAUUUCAAGGGGAUUGUAUAUGCCAUUUCUCCUGAUCGGUUUAGAUCUUUUGAGGCCCUGCUGGCUGAUCUGACCCGAACUCUCUCUGAUAAUGUUAAUUUGCCCCAGGGUGUGAGAACAAUCUACACUAUUGAUGGAGCAAAGAAGAUUACCACCUUAGACCAGCUGGUGGAAGGAGAGAGCUAUGUGUGUGGUUCAAUAGAGCCCUUCAAGAAGCUGGAAUACACAAAGAAUGUAAAUCCUAAUUGGUCGGUGAAUGUUAAAACCACCUCGACUUCCCGCACAGUGCCCUCUCUUGCCACGGCCAAAGGAGGCCCUUCAGAUGCAAAGGAGAACAAAGAUUUCAUUAGGCCUAAACUGGUCACAAUCAUCCGGAGUGGUGUGAAGCCACGUAAAGCAGUCCGGAUUCUGCUUAACAAGAAGACGGCACAUUCAUUUGAACAAGUUCUGACUGAUAUUACUGAUGCCAUCAAACUGGAUUCAGGAGUAGUCAAGCGCCUGUACACCUUGGAUGGGAAGCAGGUGAUGUGCCUUCAGGAUUUUUUUGGUGAGGAUGACAUCUUUAUUGCUUGUGGCCCUGAAAAGUUUCGUUAUCAAGAUGACUUCCUGCUAGACGAAAGUGAAUGUCGGGUAGUGAAAUCCACUUCUUAUACGAAAAUAGCUUCAACUUCACGUAGGAGCACCACCAAGAGCCCAGGGCCAUCUAGACGCAGCAAAUCUCCCGCAUCCACCAGCUCAGUUAAUGGAACUCCUGGUAGCCAGCUGUCUACUCCCCGCUCUGGGAAGUCUCCAAGCCCUUCUCCCACCAGCCCAGGAAGCCUGCGGAAACAGAGGAGCUCUCAACACAGUGGCUCCUCCACCUCAUUAGCAUCCACCAAAGUCUGCAGCUCCAUGGAUGAAAAUGAUGGACCUGGAGAAGAAGUGUUGGAGGAAGGGUUCCAGGUUCCAGUCUCUAUAGCAGAGAGAUAUAAAGUUGGUCGGACUAUAGGAGAUGGAAAUUUUGCCAUUGUAAAGGAAUGCAUCGAAAGGUCAACUGGUAGAGAAUAUGCCCUGAAGAUCAUCAAAAAAAGUAAAUGUAGAGGAAAAGAGCAUAUGAUCCAGAAUGAAGUAUCUAUUUUAAGAAGGGUCAAGCAUCCCAAUAUUGUUCUUCUGAUUGAAGAGAUGGACAUGCCCACUGAACUGUACCUGGUCAUGGAGCUUGUAAAGGGUGGAGACCUUUUUGAUGCCAUUACUUCCACAAACAAAUAUACAGAACGGGAUGCCAGUGGGAUGCUAUAUAAUCUGGCCAGUGCUAUCAAAUAUCUCCAUAGCCUGAACAUUGUUCACAGGGAUAUUAAGCCUGAAAAUCUACUGGUUUAUGAACACCAAGAUGGAAGCAAGUCUCUGAAACUGGGAGAUUUUGGGCUGGCCACCAUAGUUGAUGGACCUCUUUACACUGUCUGUGGGACACCUACUUACGUAGCACCAGAAAUCAUUGCAGAAACUGGAUAUGGCUUGAAGGUGGACAUCUGGGCUGCUGGUGUGAUUACUUACAUCCUGCUUUGUGGCUUUCCUCCAUUUCGUGGAAGUGGAGAAGAUCAGGAAGUCCUAUUUGACCAAAUUUUGAUGGGACAAGUAGAUUUCCCAUCUCCAUAUUGGGAUAAUGUUUCUGACUCUGCAAAGGAACUUAUUACGAUGAUGCUUCAGGUAGAUAUAGAUCAGCGAUUUUCAGCUUUGCAAGUCCUUGAACACCCGUGGGUUAAUGAUGAUGGCCUUCCAGAGAAUGAGCAUCAGUUGUCAGUAGCUGGGAAGAUAAAAAAGCAUUUCAAUACAGGCCCUAAGCCUAACAGCACAGCUGCUGGAGUUUCUGUUAUAGCAACCACCGCUCUUGAUAAGGAGAGGCAGGUUUUCCGACGAAGACGCAACCCGGAUGUGAGGGGCCAUUACAAGUCACAGCAAGCACCUCCUGAACUCAAUUCUGAAUCAGAAGACUAUUCACCAAGUUCAUCUGAGACUGUUCGCUCACCUAAUUCACCCUUUUAAUAAACCAGUUCUGCUGAAGGUCUUGGCUUAACCCUUUGAAAUUCUGAAAACAAACAUGGAAAAAUCCUCCAAACUUGUGUGUAACUUUCAUUUCAUUUUGUUCUCUUAUCAAUUGCUUGAUGAGGGAAACAAAAAAGGGGGUGUUUAUGGUAUCUUUGUAAUAAUGAUUUGCUAAAUGACUGAAAUUCUCUCUGUUUUCCGUCUCGAUUGUGACUUGCUGCUAAUAUGAUCCUCAAAGGGUUAAGACUAUUUUGCUUUUUUAGAAGUAUAUAUAAAUAUAUAUAUAUAAUUUUCAAAAGGGGAUAGAAGCAAUGAAUGUUUUCAUCAGUUGAGCUAGAAGCUACUAUAUGUGGCUUGAGCCUAUGUUAACCCUCUGAGUGCAUAAUCUUAAAUUGCAUUUAAAUUUGCCCAAAACAGGGUUUUAAUAUCAACACAUUGUCCUACAGCUCUUUACUCAGUUGUCUUACCAAUAUUCUACAUAAUUGCAGUAGAUGGAGAAUGAUUUCUGUAGAAUCUCUUUUUAUGCACUUAUUGCAUAAAAGUCACUCAGUAGUCAUUAGCACUUAAAAAAACCAUACACCCACAACUUUGUUUUAUAAUGAGGACCUAAAUUUUUUGUACAGGUCAGGAUACUAGGGAAUCCCAUUGCUAAGUAUUUCUGAAAAAUUUGCUUUCUAAUCUUACGCAAUGGUGUCUAGAAAAUCUAGCUAUUACCAUGCUAUAUUCUACAGUGGUUACAUCACUGUACAGUACUUGAUUCUACCCAUCCACUCACUGGCAGUAGAACUGCCUAAUAUUACUCUAUAAAGUCUUGUAGUGGUCAUCACAAAACAGAUGUCUGCAGUUCCCUGCUUGCUGGUUAUAAAGCUGUUUCUUAACAUCCUGAAUAUUGAGAACAUGUAGAAUCUUACUUUCUUCAUAUUUUAUCCAUUUAUAUGCCCAGAGGGUACAUGCAGAGGUCACAUUUGGAAGGCAGCAAUAAACACAAUCAGUUUUUAUAUAUCAUGGAUCCUCUCUCCAUUAUUACAUACAAUAUAUUCUUCCUCUAUUAUUUUCAUGCUACCCCUGUUGCGACGGAUUAUCUUCAUAAUAUUGGGAAUACUGUAACGAAGUAGACAUUGUAUAUUACGCAAGAUGCUUGAAAUUUCAAAUCUUAAUAUAACCUUUCUUAACAUUUUUUUUUAAAAAAUAUCAGGCUUUAAACCCAUUGUGAGGCUUACAAAAAACAGAACAGUUGACAUCAGUGGGACUUUUUUUAUUAUUUGUAAUUAGCAAGCCACAUGCAUUUCAAUGGCCAAAAUCCUGUUCUGUUUCACAAUGCAUGCAAUGGCCUAUUCUGUGUGGUUGUUUGUUUGUUUGUUUUAAAAUGGUGUUAGCCAGGGCAUCUUCACUACUCCCUUUCACACAGAGAAGCCCCAUUGCUGUCCAAGAUCUUUGGUUUGCAUAAUUGCAAACUAAAGUUAAGGUGUUCCACCUUAGAGUUGUUCUGUUCUGUUUCCCAACAGGAUUCUGCCCAUUGAGUCUACUUUGAAUAGGAUUAACACUGGAUGCAGCUUUUCCCAAUCUAGUGGGCUUGCGUUCUUCUACUGGCUGGGAAUACUAGGAAUUGUACUACAAUAUAUCUGAAGGACACCAUGUUGGGAAACGCUGACCUAGAGUGCUUGUCUGACAUUUGCCAGAUUUUAGUGUAAGAGUAUGUGUAUGGAACCUAGCAAAUAGAAGGAAAAAAUCAGAAGUAAAUGUUCUAUCAGUCUUUUGAAGACACAGUUUAAUUACAUCAAGCAUUUAAACUUUUUUAUAUAGUUUUGGUUCUAAAAUAUAAAAAUGCUUGUAAAAAAGGAAUUUGUCCAUUUGCACAUUAACUCACAUUUACUUUAUUUCAUCUUAUUUUAAAACAUGAUUCUUAAGUAUAUUUGUGAGAGAAGUUGAUUCUUAAGUAUAUUUGUGAGAGAAGAUUUCAGGGCAGAGAUGGACAGGGUGAGGUCGACAAGGGUAUAGGACAAACAUUGUUGAAAUGCAUGAGCCCUGGCCAACUGAGAGGGAUGGUGGGAGUCGCAGUUUAACAACAUCUAGAAAAUCACUUAUUCAUACUUUAUGAUAUUGAAGGAUACAGAUUGUAUUUGUCUUCAGCAUCUGGGAUAUUGAAACAAAAUGUCACAUUGAAUUUUUAGAUAUUUUGAUCUGAGAUUUGAGAAACGGAGUGGGAGGAAUCAUAAAGGUUGUGAUAUCGUUGGCAUUUAAACUAUUCAUGUUCAGCUGAGGUUGAUGGGAUUCAAACAGCUGCAACAGUGGAGAGGAUUUUGGUCUAUAGAAUGCAAACCAUUGGCCUGUAUACAUUUAGUGCACUGUCAUAUGAUUGAGAUCAAACCUGCUGGAACCAUCUCUGCCAAGUAGAUUGUCAUUUUCAUCAUAGACAUUCAUUCUGAAGGUGAGUUGUAUGGGGCCUAAACCUAUACUUUAUCCAUUUAUAGCCUGGUAUAACACUGAGGCUUAAGAGAGUUUGUGCACACUGCUGACCUUAAAUGAGAAUCUGUGCUUUGGGGAAUCGGGAGCAAUCCAAGUCACCUACUGCAAGGAAAAGAUGGUUGGGUAGCAAAAGCAGGCACAUUCAUAUGCGUAUAUGCAAGCCUAGUAAUCAUAUCAUAUAUAUUAGUAGGUGGAGAAGGUGCAUGAGCCUAAAGCUUUCAUUGUAUUGGUAACCUAUGCAUCUGGACUAGAGGCAGGCACUUAGCGUGUUUCGGCACUGUGGCACAGUUCAGCAGAGCAGGCCCAUAGGUGUUAUGUGGGCACCCUGGAUUCCACUCCCUGCCUUUUGCAGGCAGUGUCGUGGGCUUCUCUGCCACACCGCCUCCUCUGAGUGGGUGGCUGAGGGAGGUGGUGGUGCACAGAAUCUGGGGCCCCCAAACACCUAUGGGCCCAAUCUGCUGAACCAUGCCAAAGUGCGGUAAAUCCCCAUCUUUAAUCUGGACUAUGUAUGAAACAGCUUUUCACAAAGCUUGCAAAGGUUACAUGUUUGGACUACAACUCCCAGAAUCAAAUUUUGAAUUAGGACUCCCAGAAUUGUCUAUACUGUCUGAGGGAUUCUUGGAUUUGUAAUUCAAAAAAUAACUUUUCCUACAUCCAGCUCUUUGUCUCCUAGUUUAUCAUGUUGAUAGUUUUAGCAAUAUCAGUAAAAAUCACUCUUUCCUCCCAUGACUUAUUAAUGUUUUCACAUGAUCAAAAAUGCAAACAAAUUAUGAAGCCACGAUUGCCCAUUCAGACAGUUGCCAGCUAGGCAAAAUAUUUUAAUUCCUAUUUGAUUGGCAUUUUCACCAUAUUGAUUCCUGUUCACUUCAGGUAUGCUUCACUAAGUAGGACUUUCCAUGGAAUGUUGAUGGACGGGCUUCUGAUCCAAUUUACCAUCUUUGGCCAUAGAGGAGGAAGAUAGUUCAAGAUACUUGCUUUUUAAAUUCCAAGUCUUGCUGGAGAAAAUUAUAAGUACCGCUUUGUAUUAGUGGCCACAGGUUUUAUAAUCAUUAAAGGAAACCAGAGAGACCCUGCUAUCUGAAAAAGCCUGUUUUUCCUUUUGAACACCAUGGUUAAUGGAACAAGUAGCAUAGCAGGACUUAAUGCAGAUGGUUACCUAAACUAGAUCUGAGACCACUGCAGCAACUCCUAUGAUCUAUUUCAGCAGAUCCUGGCUUGCAAUGGGCCUCAUAUAACCUGCCUAUAAAGGUUUGUUAGACUUCAACAAGGCUAGCGUAUGUGUAGAAGGAACGGUAGAAGUUUAAAAAUGCAUCUUUCUAUCAUGUCAUAAGGGUAUCUUUUUUGCAUAUCUGUGGACCUCAUACAUGCACCCACAAACCUCAUACACAGAAACAUGCAGAUGCAUCCAUGGAAGGCAUCUGGCAUCAACAAUGUGUGGUACUUGCUGGUUCCUUUAAGGAAUUUAGCAUUUGAAAUCUUUCCAUAUAAUACUGAUUUAACAAACAAAUAAACUGAGGGGAAAAAAACCCAACAGAACAGCCCUCAAAUAUAGGAUGCAAUAAGAACUUUCAAGAACAUUUGAGAACUGAAACACUAAGGGCUCUCAAAAGGUGAAACUUCUGUCUCGUGCACUGACAAACCGUUGAUCCAAUAAAAUAAUUCGAAAUUCCAGAAUGACGUGCACUUUUGUCAGUUUUAUUUGGCUAUUUCUAUUCUUCCCCUGCUUAAAGGAGGCUGGUUUUAAAUAUAGUCAUCCUUAAGAGAGGAAGGUCCAUAUUCUGCUUCUGUCCUAUUUUUUCUCUCUCAGUUCUUUGCUUUGAGACAUCAGCAUACAUUUUUCUUCAAACAAGUGAAAAGCAUUUCAUUCUAGACAGGUGAGAAUGAAAGGGAAGAAAGAUCUUUCUUAGAUUACGGUAUCACUGGUAGUGCUCAGUUUCUUCCUUAAACGUAAUGGUCUUAGUAUUCUAAUUCUUUUAGGCACGGGAAAGUUAUGUACUGUUGAAUCACAUGUUGAUUCCACAGUUGCCAUCAAUUUGCCCCAAAUAGGUACUCAGCAGGGAACCACUGUAAGGAAGAUGAGAAAGGGAAAUAAUAAGUUUUUCACAUAUACUGUCAAGUAUGAAACAUCAAACUAUUUUUGUGUUAGACUCUGUCUUAGGGUGCUUGGAAUUAAAAUGCAGACAGCUCAAAAACCCUAAAUGAUAGUGCAAGCACAAAAGAACCUUGGAAGUUAUGAGAAUCUUUGCCACUAAAAGGCCAAAAUCCUACUGGUGUUCACAUCAGGUUUCAUUAACUUGCUGUGGCUGAUUGUGACUAUCUGUUGAGAUGAUGAACCAAAUUUUUUGUGUAGUCAGGCAGGUGAUGAGGCACAUGACUGAGACAUGCCCCAGCACCUUGUCAGCUACAAUUAGCUGCAGGAAGUUAUGCAGAUAUCAGUAGGAUUCUGGCCACAAAACAGUACCCUUACAAUAUUUGCAAUUCUUCAUUAGUUUUUCUUCAAGAACACAGUGGGCCACACAUAGUGUCCAGAAUCCUGCUGGCAUUCACAUGCUUGUGUGAAUUAAUGCAACUAAUUGCCAAGAUGCCAUGAUGUGUCUUGGACAUAUGCCUAGUGAUGAACCAGAUUGUUCAACAGAGACGUGUCCAGGACCCCAGCAACUAGUUUCAAUUAGCCACAGCAUGUUACUCAACCCUUAAGAAUUUCCCUAAUAGGAUUCCAGCCAUUUUUUUACACAAAUGAGUAUAUAAUUUAGAAUAUAUUCUUUAGGGACAAGUUUUAAUUACUAACUCAGUCAACUAUGUUAUUAGGUUUAUGAAUGAGGGCAUCUCAAAUGGUGAAGGCAAAUUUGUAUUGAUGGGACUGUAAAUGUUAUGUAGACUUGUUUAAUUUUGGAAACAUUUUGAUUUCUGUGUAUCACUAUAACAGGAACUUAUAGUGCUAUUCAGAGAUGUGCUUCUCUUCUAAUUUUAUUAAAUUGUAAAUUACCUCACACAUCCUUCAGCAUCUUAGAAAUAAACUUGCAUUUCUUUUUUUAAAAUGCACACUUUUUAAAAUGAUGGCAAAUUAAUAAACGACAUCCUUUUGAAUUAGUUGACUUACCCAAGUAAUGAGGCAAAGGGAUUGUCUCAUCAAUGUUUUUAUCCAUGUUUGCUAGUCUUGUUGAAUAAUCAUAAGAUUUAGGAAAUCAGUUAUAACUUGUAUGUCUUCCCCAUGCAACAAAUUAGACUUUGUACACACUGGGAGGAAAAGGUUGAUUUAUGGCCAAAGGGUAUCUGGAGCCCACAGAAUUGUGUGAGUGUUGUUAUGACAAGUCACAUAAUAUUCUUCUGCUGUACUAAAUGCAGUCCUGUGAUGUAAAGUGCCCAUUAAUAACAUGCCUUCCUUGACUUUUCUGAAAGGGAACAUGGCACUUUGAAAGAAAAGAGCUUCAUUUGUCUUGAUUAGAGGAAGUGAGCUGGCAGAAACCCACUCUAAAAAUGCUUUAUAUCAUAGUUGUGCUGCAUUGUGUGAAAUCCAUGCAGAAACUCCCAUCACCUCCAUUUUUUAAUAUUAGGGUUUGGGGGUGGAGAUGAAUCCAAGACUUAGCAUUUUAAAAAAUGUCUGCAUCUGUUUCCUCCUUGUGCUAUUACACCAAUUACAGAAAAAUCCCUCCCAUCCACCAUGUAUUUGCUACCAACUACAGUUUGCUAAUUCAUUUCUAUUUUAUUUGCAUUAAUUCUACAAAAUCUUCUAGAAGUUACUCUAGUGUGGUUCUAAUGUUCUUAAAGCAAGCUACUGUAAUGUUCAUAAUCAAAAAUGAUUGUAAAUGAAAGUGGUUGCCUGCACUAUGAGAUUCAUACUGGAAAUCAGUCAAACAUGUGGUUGAGUUUUGCUACAGAAUUUUAACUGAUUUUUUUAAAAAAAUAAUAUAUGUCAAAAUUCAACACCGAUCAAUUGACCAGAGUUACUGAAUUAUAAACAGUGGCUGAAAUCCUGUUGCUUAGCAUAAGAAAGCAUGGAUUCUUUAUUUGCCAACAAGGAACAGUGUGAAAAUUACACAUUUUCUUAGUUAAUCAACAGCAGUUAAGUCUCUUGGGAUUUACUUUCCUUACUCCUGUUCUUCUGUACAUGUUCACAGUUUCAUGACUGAAAGUUCAAGUGAUAACUUGCCAUAUAUGGAGCAGUCACCAUACACCACAUUUCGGAAAUAUAAGCUUCUUAUAACAAAAAAUAUUCAGAUGCCACAAUUCUUUAGAAGCCAGAAUUCUUUAGAUUGUUCUCAGAACAUUUUAAGAAUAUUUAUGACAAAACUUACUAGUGAAUGAAGGUGAUUGCCUACACUAUGAAAUUCAUGUUAAGAGUCAAAAAGUUUGCUUUACUACAGGUUUGGUUUUGUCAUUAUUAUUGAGAGAAUGAAAUUUUAACUGGUUGUUUGUUAUAGUGUGGCAAAAAUCAACAGUGAUGAAUGGUUUUACAGCUACUUUUUAAAAUUCUGGCUUGAAGGGAACAUGGCAGCAUGCUAGUGCUCGUGCACUUCUUGAUUAGUCCAAUUAGAGUGAAGAAGAGUUCAUAAUUUAUUUAUUAUUAUGCCCAAAUGUGACACUCUAGCUUAUCUCUCUUCUGACAAUCAGAGUCUCAAGCCAUGGCUUGUUUUUGGGAUGUGAAUCAGCCUGUUGAGGGGAAAACAAGACAGACUGCUAGAUUAAGAUGUCACCAUAAACAAACCAUGGACUAUAGGCAUUGCAGCUUGGAAUACAGUGAAUACCAGCACUCAUGCACAUUCUCAAUAAGCCAGAAUUCUUUUCAAAUUUGAAUUGGCAUCUAAAUGCAGUCAAUGAAUUGGAUCCAGACGUAGUCUUCCCUGGAGUAGACCCACUGAAAUCUCUGAGACUUAAGCUGAUUAAGCCUACCCAAUACAUUUCAACAGAGGCCAUUUUACAUGAGCUAUUAUUUGAGUGUUGAGUGAUCAAGUAAUGUGUAUGCAUGUCUGAAGCAGCACUGAGUAGCAGGUCAUACUGGUGCUAAAUAAAAUAUCAAACAUGUUGAAAUGAAUGUGUGUCACUUUUUGGACCCCCUGCUGCACUUCAUGUUAUAUCAGAUCAUCUAAAGUAAAUAAAUGAUACUGUAUGUUGAGGGCAGUGCAUGCCUAUUUCAUUCUGAUUCAUUCAGAAUAGUAGGAAAUAAAUAAGAUUUCAUGUUACGGAUGUAUAUUAGCAAAACCAUUUACAAAACAUAAAUUUCUGAGCACUUACCUUCAAAAACUGUUUUGAUUACUUGUACUCAGAGGGUUAACACAAAAGCACAAGGCAUGCUGAUCACAUUGGGUAUAAACUGCUUUGCUAUUUUAGUCAGUGUGUGCUAUGUACUCUUCUCUAAUUCUCCCCUCUCUUUUUUCCCUUUCAAAACAAUCCUGGAAAUUUUCAGGUUCGAAAUAACUUCAGUUAUGGUGUUUGAGUCUUUCUAUACCCAAAAUGAUCUUAUUUAAGUUUUUCUUUUUCACAAAAAAAUAUACAGCAUUAAUACAGUGUAAGUCUUUCACUAUGAAUGUGAAUAAUACUGCAGGCAAUUCCAGAUACUUUUUUUAAGUGCUUAAACAGAGAAUAUACUAUGGUGGUAGCUUUGGUUGUGGAUGGCUGGAUCCUAUGCGUGUUUACACUUUUCUCGCAAGUAAAUAUUCAUUGGAUCGUAGCCAGAUAUUGUCUUUCCCUAUUGAUAAAGAAACAACACGUUAUACAGUACUUUGAAGAGAUUCCUGAGGAGGAUUUUUUUUUCAUUCGAUAGAGCUACUAGGUAGGGAAAAGCUAUAUCAUUACAUGUGUUGUGUAAAUCAUCCUUGUAGAAGAAAACUGUUCAAACUUCAUAUUUAAUGGACUUUCCCCCUCCCUUUCCUUGACAUUGUAGCAGAAACUUGUUAAUGAGCAACCAAUACACAGAUUUGCUUCAGACUGUUAGAGGGGAAAGUAAGACUUCAGUCAUGAUAAUGUUACUACUCUGCAAGUAACCCUCAUCUAAUUUCAGUUGUGGUGCAAAUAUACAACAUUCAAAGCCAAAUCCGUCAAUAAAACUACUGGUAAAAAAAAAA